CUUCAACUGACCCGCUCACGCAACGUACUCUGUCUUCUCUCCGUAAUCAAUUUUAUCCUUUUUCACGAACAAUUAACAUCUUAUUUUGAUCUCCUUAUUUCAGAUCUACCUACUUAACAAAUCCAAAAAUCUUUUAAUAAUUAAAUAUUCUCAAAACACUCUUAAUUCAAUCCUCUCCAGAAUCAGUAUUUGAUUCAUAAGAUUAAUCGACUGGUCUCAAUUUUUUUGAAUUAUGUGGAGCUCCAUUGAGGCUUUGAAACAAAACCUAAAUAAGAUUGCACUGGAUGUGCAUGAAGACGGUGACGAUGAGAUCUACGCCUCCACUAACGGCGGAGGAGAUUACUCUGAUCGGAGAAACUCUCAUAGCUACGCGCAUUCUAAAUCGGCUUCCCGCUCUCCAAGUGCUAAUGGAAUCGACUCACCUAUUAAUUCUGAGAGUGAGAAGUAUAAAGCGGAAAUUAGGAGGCUUCAAGAAUCUGAAUCAGAGAUUAAAGCAUUAUCAGUUAAUUAUGCGGCCUUGUUAAAAGAAAAAGAGGAUCAAAUUGCUACACUGAAUCAAGAAAAUGGCUCGUUGAAGCAGAAUUUAGAUGCAACAAAGGAGGCUUUGAAUGUAUCCAGAAGUGAGAUUUUAAAGUCAUCAACAAAUGGCAUCCAUAUGCUUAAGGGAACUGGUGAUCAGUCACCCAACCGACAGCAUAAAUCUGCAGCUCAAGCAAAAAGCCGGAGUGUUGGAAACCACAUACAGAAUGGUCUUUUCUCAAAGCAUGAUGGAGUAGGCAAUGGGAUUAUGCAUGUUGAUCAAGCUGAUACCAUUCAUAGGGGGAAAGAAAAGGAGCUUGCAGAUUUGCUUGAGGAGAAAAAUAGAUCAGUAGCAGAAAUGCAAGCUACUCAUGAGUCACAAAUGAAACAGCUUCGGUUGGAACUUGAGAAGGAGCGUGAUAAAGCAGCAAAUGUACAUAUUAAGUUACAAGAAGAACAUAAGUCUAAUGAAUAUCUUCAAAGGGAGCUGAGGAUGCUAAAGAUGGGUGAAUCCAAUACAUCCACGGAGAUGAGUAAACUGCGCAGCGAGUUGAAUGAUAAAAUUUCAGAGAUAAGACGACUGCAGAUGGAGUUAAGUAAAAGGGAAGAUGAAGACGCUGAUGAUUCUGUGAAGGGUUUAAAAAAGAUAAUUGCAACAUUGGAGAAGGAGAACACUAGCCUCAAGAUAACAAAGAAUGAACUUGAGGCUGCUUUGGAAACGAAUAGAGAUGCUUCACCUGACAAAAUUUCCCCGGGCAUGAGGGUAGACUCAUCUGGAAGUUUUCCUGGAAAGGAAGAAAUGGAGUCAAGGUUGCAAAAAUUGGAGAAAGAAUUGAAGGAAGCAUGCCGUGAGAAGGAUAAAGCAUUGCAACAAUUAUCUCGUCUUAAGCAGCAUUUAUUGGAAAAGGAAUCUGAAGAAUCAGAGAAAAUGUACGAGGACAGUAAAAUAAUUGAAGAACUUCGCGAGAGAAAUGAGUAUCAAAAGGCUCAAAUUUCACAGCUAGAGAAAGCUUUGAAGCAGGCCAUUGCAAACCAGGAGGAAGUCAGGAUAAGUAAUGACAAUGAAAUCCAGAAGUUCAAGGAAACAAUUAAAGAUUUGAAUAAGAAACUUGCAAGCUGUAUGAGCACAAUUGACUCCAAAAAUGUCGAGCUUCUAAAUCUUCAAACCGCACUUGGUCAGUACUUUGCUGAAAUUGAAGCUAAGGAACAACUGGAGCGGAAUUUGGCUUUGGCAAGAGAAGGAACAGCUAAGCUUUCUGAGCUUUUGAAAGGUGCGGAACAGGGAACAGAAGCAUUAAGGAGAGAAAAUGAAGAGAUCUUAUCCAAGCUUUCACAUGCUGAAAGGACGCUAGCAGAAGGGAAAAACAGAGUAAACAAGCUUGAAGAAGAUAAUGCAAAAUUGCGCCGUGCUCUUGAACAGAGUAUGACCAGGCUUAAUAGAAUGUCUGUGGAUUCCGAUUUUCUAGUUGACAGGCGAAUAGUGAUCAAAUUACUUGUGACCUACUUCCAGAGGAACCAUAGCAAAGAGGUUCUGGAUCUCAUGGUUCGGAUGCUUGGAUUCACUGAUGAAGACAAACAAAGGAUAGGUGCCUCUCAACAAGGUGGCAGAGGGGUUGUUCGGGGAGUUUUUGGGUUGCCUGGCCGCAUAGUUGGUGGAAUCUUAGGAGGAAAUUCUGAUGCUCAAGCAAAUGCAGCAUCCGAAAACCAGUCUUUCGCAGAUCUGUGGGUGGAUUAUCUUCUCAAGGAAACUGAAGAAAGGGAGAGGAGGGAAUCUACAGAAGAUAGAGGUGAAGAUUCUCAAAGAAGUCCUAUUUCGGGUGGUGUUCCACCAUCAGGUACUCCCUCCGGAAUCUCAAGAUCAAAUUUUUCUCCAAACCAGAACUAUAGUCCCCUUCCUGUUCAGGGAAAUUUACGUCCAUCUGAACAUUCUGAGUCUGAGUUCUCAACUGUUCCUUUAACAUCCUCGGAAAGCUCUUCUCGUAUUUCAAGAUUACUGAAACAUUAAAAGAAUAUGCUGCGUAAAAUGUAGAUGUAAUUAUUCAAAGUAACAGGUUUUCUUUUUGAUGUUGUAGAUUGCAGUCUUAUUCAAUUCUUUCAAUUUCAAAUUCAAUUGGGUAGAAAUAUAUUCUCCUUUUUCCUUAUAGGCCAAAUUAUAUUCAGAAAAGGGCUCAAUAUGUCACGGUUAUCUGUAGGACUGUUUGAUCCGGUUUUAAGAUAUGUAACUGUGUUUGAUUAUUGAUUUAGCUAUUAUUGUCGUUA